UACAUAGGCUACUUGGUGGUUCAUCCUUCUUAGGCCUCUCACGAACCUCGGCCAGAACAUGAGAGCUAAUACCAGCGUUAUUAGCCUUCUCAGAUUCAGAUCAAAGCUGUUCGAGCUAAUGAUGCGACGCUAACGGGAGUCGAGCGGAGGCCAUACAGCCGAAAACGCUGGCAAAAUAGGCUACUUGUAGUUCAAUAACAAAAUGACAGCUUGAACGCAGGAAUGAGGAUAUUAAUGUGAGUUAUUUUUUUAGUUCUUGCUCUUGAAUGAAUCCAGCUAUGUCCGUGUUUCCUUUACCGAUGUUGCUACUCCUGGGCCCGGAGCUCUGGUUUGGAGUCUCCACUAGCCCUACCGAUGACAGCGCUCUCAGGGGCGGCCAUGGGGAGCACGGAGAGCCUGGCCAUAAAGAGCACCAUAAGGACUCGUAUAGCACAUUCGCAUCCGAAUUCCUGGAAUCCAGAUAUCUCUCUGAUGACGGUUAUCCUUUUCCCACCGCUCCUCCUGUUGACCCAUUUGCACGGAUCAAAGUCACCGACUGUGGAGUAACUAAGGGCUGUGUGAGAUAUGGGAAGCCUGGCUGCGAUGCAGAGACAUGUGACUACUUCCUGAGCUUCCGCCGUAUCGGCACAGAUGUGGAGUUUGAGCUGAGUGCUGACACAGAUGGAUGGGUUGCUGUGGGAUUCUCAUCGGAUAAGAAAAUGGGUGGUGAUGAUGUGAUGGGUUGUGUUCAUGAUGACAACGGGCGCGUUCGCAUCCACCACUUCUACAACGUGGGCCAGUGGGCCAAAGAGAUCAAGCGCAACCCGGCGCGAGACGAGGAGGGGAUAUUCGAGAAUGGGCGUGUGACGUGCCGCUUCAAGCGGCCACUUUACGUACCCCGUGAGGAAACGCUGGUUGACCUGCACCUCAGCUGGUACUACCUGUUUGCCUGGGGACCUGCUAUACAGGGUUCCAUCACCAGGCAUGACAUAGACUCUCCCCCCGUGUCAGAUCGCAUGAUCAGCAUUUAUAAAUACGAGGACAUCUUCAUGCCGUCCACAGCCUACCAGACCUUCAACUCUCCCCUGUGUCUCCUCCUCAUCGUCGCCCUCACCUUCUACCUACUCAUGGGCACGCCGUAACCAUGGCCGCAGUGUGAGGGGGCAAGGGGAUCAUGGUGCCGGCACGGCCGAGGCCUUGGAGAGCAAGGCUGAGAAAGCAAUAAAGACUGAGUGGACACUCUGGAAGCGAGCCCUACAACGUGACAUUGCACUCUGUUCAGUGUACAUCUCUGGCCCUGACGUGGUCUUCAUGUCGAUUUACAUUCCAUGGGAUUUGCACAAGCAAGCAAACAGGCACAUACAGCCAGCUACUUACUCCAUGCAGCUUCAGUAGAGGAGCAGCUCAUCACCCGUUUGGUUUACCCUGGAGACACGCUCUCACUGAGCACCAGAGACACAUUAACAUUAACACAGGCACACACACACACACACACACACAGACACAGACACAGACACAGACACAGACACAGACACAGACACAGACACACAGACACACAGACACACAGACACACACACACACACAGACACACACACACACACACACACACACACAUAGUGGUAUUAAUCUACAUUUUCAUUUUCUUGGGCUGGGACAGUUCAUUGAAUGCCAAAGGCAUGAGCAGCAAGUCUGUACCUGUCCAAUGAAUUGCUGUUUAACUUAAAAUAUACAGUAAGUAAUGACCGAUCAAAACCCAUUAGAGAUAAGUAGUCAUACUUCACCUUUCUUUAGAGUUGGUUCAGUUAUAAAUCCUUAAAAAUAUAUGCCAUUUCAGUAAAAACACACCCUCCAUUCCCUAACACACCAGCAUCUAACUCCAUCCUACAUGCCAUGCAUGGGACAUUAUUAGAAAUUGACACUCAAUAAGACUACUGUGCCAAAUCUCACUUCUAUUGCUUUUAUAAUGCAGACACCACCAAAACUCAUGCAUAUUGGCACCAUAUUUACUAUUGCCAUUACUACUUAACCAUCCAUCGACACCAGUAUAGUAACACCACGCCCCACUCCACCCCACCCCCAAACGCCUGCACAGUAUUAUUAUUUACAGACAUCAACAAGAAUGAUUUCACAAAUUAGUACGAGCUGGGAAAAGAAAAAGAAGACUGCUACACAAAUCAAAAGCUAGUACAGAACAUACAGUAUGGAUGAUGCAGUGAAUUUUCUUGAUCAUAUUUUGCUUGCUGUAGCCUUUCAUAAAUUUUCCAAAUGACUCUUCAGAGCAGUAUUAAUUAUGCCUUACAAAGCUGUUACGGUGGUUAGAUGCAACAUACUACAUUAUCCUGUUCACAUGCAUGAACAAACUGACAAUUUAAUAUCAGUCUGAUGUUUGAUCAUGCUUAAUAAAUAUAUUGUUGGUUUACCUGUAAUCCCAGACUUUCAUUUCAUGCCAAUGUUUCUACACUUCAUAUACUGUAAGUGAUGUUUUGGAGUAAAACACCAUUUCAUGUGUUUGAUGUAACCUAUUGCCAGAGUAACAGAAAUAUUUAAAGCUCAGAUAUUUCCCCCCUUUUUGCACCUUUACUCAUUACUUUCUUGAGGUCUAAAUUUCUGUCAUAUUUUGGUCAAAAUGCUAAAAGGAAGAAAUAUCACAACACCUUCCUCAACCCUGUCUGAGCCUUAAUAAAUGUAAC